AGGAUUCUAAGUACUAGAAGAGUACAAAGUGCUGGGGAAAAUCAGAAAAUCCUUCCAGGGAAUCCAGAAGGCUUUGUGGGUGUAAAGGCAGGCUGGCCCCAACGCAUGGGGCAGGUUUCAACUCUGGGUACCUAUGCAAAACCUCAGAGGAGGGAAGACACAGGAUAUGGGUGGGAAAUGGUUCAUAGUACAGCUUGUCCAGGACAUAGAGACCUUGAAGAGGAGUGAAAUGUACAGGAAAGCCAGCGUCCCAUGCUCCGUGGCCCCAGAAAAGUCAGUGUGUAGGCCUCAGCCACCCCAGGUCCGGCGUACAUUCUCCCUGGACACCAUCCUCAGCUCCUACCUUCUGGGCCAGUGGCCACGAGAUGCCGAUGGGGCCUUCACCUGCUGUACCAAUGACAAAGCCACCCAGACGCCCCUGUCCUGGCAAGAGCUGGAAGGUGAGCGGGCCAGCUCCUGUACACACAAGCGCUCGGCGUCCUGGGGCAGCACAGACCACCGAAAAGAGGUAUGUGCCCCCUUUGACUCCCUGGCCACAGCAGCUGCCUCCUGUCCACGCCCAGCGCCGUGGAUGUGUCUGCUCCAAAGUGGCCUCACAUCUUCGGUCUCACUUGCCUUUUCCGGAUGAGAUGGCUCCUUCAAAGCUGCCUGUCAGUGUCCUGGUGGCCCGGCUUAGGAGUCCAGCCCCUUCCACCGGCAGGGCCUUUGCCAGCGACCGCUGGUGCCCUCCAGCAGCCCAGCGCAGGGUGGGAGCCACCACUGUUCUCGCUUGCUUGGAGCUUGUAUCCAGAUAAGCCGUUCCGAGUGAGUUUCUGGGAACUGGAAGCCCCCAACCUUACCACCUACUUAACUGUGCAUCCAGCCUUUUUUCUGUUUUAUUUAAUUUUUUUUAGAUUUUAUUUAU